UAGGGCCUGGGGCCGAGUGCUAGCCAAAGCUUGAGUUUAGCACGGCAAGUCGAGUACUCUGGCCGGAAUUUCCUCCAAAUAACGACGAUUUUUGCCCAUGAUUACUCUCCAUCUUUGAAAGACUAAAAGCCCAAUAUCCUGUUAAUACUGUCGUAGAAUUUGGGUUGUUUAUUUUCAAGGAUUGUUUCUCUGUGGGUUUUUUUUAUGGAACACUGCUGCUUACUUCAAAUUCCAUGGGCUAUCUCCAUGAAAGAACAGUUUGGAUCACCCGCAUCUCGGUAAUAUGUCAAAACCUGCCAUUUGAUGCUAUCGUUGGAGGAAUCUGUCCACCAUGCAUUUUAGUAAUCUAAGUCGUGGAGAGAAGCGAGAAGCGAAAUGUUGAGUUGUUUAUUACCCGCCAAGUUUGUGUCAUGGCAGAGCGAUGUUCUAAUUUCUUCUGUACUGACAUUGCAUUUUAUAUAUAUACUUAACAAAUGGAGACCUGUGUAAACCAAAGGUCAAUAAGAGGGCACCCAGAUGUUGACAGCUUUAACCAGGAAGAGAAAGACGUCAAAGAAGAGCCAGUGAAAGUAACCAGGCGAAGAACCACUAGAAAUGAGAGUGAAAAGCGGAGGAGAGAUAAGCUCAAUGUCUACAUCACAGAGCUGGCAGCAAUGGUGCCCAUGUGUGCUUCUUCCCGCAAGAAGCUCGACAAGACCACCGUCCUACAGAUGGCUGUCAACUACAUGAAAAUUCAUAAUGACUUGACAACAUCUGUACUUGCUAAGGAGCCGGCUGUUCAGUCGUCCUUCCUGUCUGGUGAUGAAGUUGGUGAAAUUUUGGAUGAGUGUAUGAAUGGAUUUCUGUUUGCAUUGUCAAGCAAUGGUGCUGUCACUUUCAUUUCCAGGAAUGUUUUUCAACUAUUUGGCCAUAAACAGGAAGAAGUCAUUGGAAAGAAUUUCUUGGACUUAAUUCAUCCUGAUGACAGAAACUUAGUUUUCAAUAAACUUUCAGAAGACCCGGAGCCUGUGAUAGUUCACAUAGAUGCCAGUGAUUUCCAACCUUCAAAGAGACUUCCUAAAAAACACACAUUUGACAUUCAAAUGAGUUUUGGCAAGGAUGGUUAUUGCCCAAUUCAUGUUUGUGGAUAUAGCAAUUGUUGGGAGAGCAGUGAGUCUCCUAACGCCAAGAAUAAUUUGAAGGUAGUAAGCAGUAAAAAGUCAAGUGAGGUCCCUGGAAUUACCAACUUUCUGGUUGCUGUUGGUCUGCUUUCAAGCCCUGACUACCAUAGACUUAGUGACCUUAAUGAAAGCUGUAAUGUGGAAUUCAAUGCACGGCACACUAUGGAUGGAAAGUUCCUUUAUGUAGACCCGCAGUCCAUUCGUCUAACUGGUUUCUGGCCGAGUGAGCUGCUUGGAACAUCUCUAUAUACCUAUGUUCACAUGGAAGACUUACAGAUGCUUGGUGCACUCCAUGAGUCCAUGUUGGAGUAUGGCGAGUCCAAGUCUGGUCCGUACCGCAUGCGCUGUAAGGAUAACCAGUGGAUUUGGUUGAAGAGUCGCAGCUACGUCUCGUACAAUCACUGGAACUCCAAGCCCGAGUUCUUCUGUAGCACGAAUCAAGUCGUCAGUUCUGAAGAAGGCAUUGAAGGCCUAAAAAACAGACAAGUCCCUCCUAGGCCCUUUGAACAGCCCACCGAUCUCGGCGUUCCUCCGGCACAAGCAGGCUCCGCCACGUUCAAGGAUCCACAAGAGUCGAACCUUAUGUUGAUGACCGCUUGGGCGAACGAUAAUAGCCACAACCUAUCGGUGCCUCUAACGCUAGAGGUCACGCCCUACGUCGACACGGACAAAUCACAGGUUCAAGAAAGGUCGGAGUUGUCUGAAAGUCAACAGUCUGUGUCGAUAACAAAUGAAGACUCCGCCUCUACCAAGACAAGUUCCGUGACCGAAGAUGAGGACAACGAAUCGACCUCCUCACUGGAUUUGACAAUGUCUUUUGAAGAACUCGAGAGCUUUAUCGAAGCUCAGCGCCAGUUGCACGAGCAACUCUAUAAAAAGCACGCAUUCUUAGAGACAGCUAUUGUCAAACAACGCCAACAGCUUCAGGACAUUCAGCAGCAGAUGCUGUUGAACUUACAGGCACAACUCACUCUCGAUCCCGCCAAAAAUAAAGAACUCUUCGAAACUCAGCUCAAAAAGACACGGGAACUCACCGAAAAAUACGAAAAACAAGUCUCCACUCAGAAGCAGUUUGUACGAAAACUUGCGGACCGCAAGAAAAUCAUGGAGAAGCGCAACCAGAGGCAUUUGAAGCACUUCUUUCAGAAGAGGCAAAAGUUAUCCGAUACAACCCCUACGUCGAGCGCAUGCGCAGUGUCAUGCUCGCCAAGUGCAGUGUCUACGGCACCCCAAGAGCAGUGGGCGUCUGUUUCUACUGUUUCCGGCGAUGAAGACAGACGGCAGCCUGUUGCUGAAAUGUCUUCACCUGGAGUCCUCAAAACUGCGAACAAUAGAGGAGUGUCGCAAGCUCAGAAAAGUAGUGUGUCCGACGUGGAACAACAGAUCCAGCGGUACCAAACUACUCAACCCUUGCAGCAAGGCUACACGGAACAAUGGCAUCAAGACAACAGAGAACGGUAUGAUCGCAGAGAGAAGGCUGCACAAAGGCAACAACAACAACACUUGCAGCAACAUAGGCAGCAACAGCAACAACGGCUGGAUCGACACCAACAACAGCAAGGACAACAACAACAACAACAGCAGCAGCGGCUACAACAACGACGGCAACUGCGAGAGCGACAACAGCGCCAUCUACAGCAACAACAACAACGACAACAGCAGUUUCAAAGACAGCAGCAGCAACAACAGAUGCAACAACGUCAACAGUUACAACAACUUCAACAGCAGCAACAACCACAGCAGCAGCACCAUCAACAACAACAACAACAACAACAACAACAACAGCUGUUUAUGCAAGGCAUCCAGCUAUCUUCAACAGACACAAGCCAAGUUAAUAUGAUGUCACCGCUCUCGUCUCCAACGCAACAGGUCAAUCCCAUACCUCUGAACAGCCCGAUACUUCCCGCACCACAACAAAACAACACUCUGCAGAACAUCCAAAACCUGUUGACCAUCUCGUCACAGAACCCUGAAGCCAUGCAGAUGCUCCUAUCGGGCCUUGGCUCUCAACCGCAAGUUGCCCAAACUCUACUUAACCUACUGAGACAGGCCCAGAGCCCAGGGGCGUCACUUGCGCCAAGCAUGCAACAGGCAACAAGCCAGUUCAGUGCGGCGAUCAAUAGUAACUUGAACUACGGGGGAAAUCCCGCCCCUCAGGGCUUUUCCCUGGGUGAGGUUGGUCAACAGAUAACGCAACACACGCUAAGGGAAAACCCCGUCUUUAAUAGACAGGUCGGGGAAAACUCUUUGAAUAAUCCAAUGCAAAUCGCUGAAAUUCCAGGUAGUCAAAACCAAAGGGUCUCUUGGAGUGCAACAAACAUUUCUAACGGCUUUGGGCCUAGACAUUUAACUCCAAUGGGUUCACUAAACCAGGCGUCAUGCUCGACGCCACAUCAGUUUCAGCCACCCGAAGGGCCCGUCAGCAAUUCGGGGAAACACAAAGAUAAAAAGGACUAUUUUUCUAAUUUUUCAUCGCAAGAGCUAGAGGCAAUGUUUCUGACACCCGAGCAGCCUUUGGCCAGCACGUCCCAGUCUCAUUCAGGAGCAAGCGGGAACUCUAAGGAGAACAAGCUGCAGGAGGAGCAGUACAUGCACAGCCCGCUACUCAUUCAGCAGCAGCAUCUCCUGCAGAUGCACGAGGACCAGCGAAAGCAAGUGCUGUUGCUACAGCAACAAGAGCAACUUUUCAUGCUUCACGACAAAGCACAGGAAGGCGAGUCACGUGACCCGUCAUGUGACAUGGCGCGCCCGCAAUUAGGAAGUCGACAGUCCAGCGGUGCUCCCGCUCUUACUUUACGUUCUGCUCUCACCGACCAACCGAGCACGUCAGCUUCUGCGUCGAGCGUUGAGGGCCCUUCUUCGCGUACAAGUCAGCAGCAGCAGCCCCCGUGGUCAGCCCUCAACUACGAACUGAAUGACGCCGACGAGCAGGUACUCAACAUGCUUCUGGCCGAGUCCACCAUGGACCCAAUGUUCGAGGCGUCUCUGUGGCCCGAGGACGAUCAGCUUUCCAGUUAUCUUGACCUCAAUCCGGAUCUCAAUCCAGAUUGACUAAACCUUGUUGUAAUGGUACUUUUAACAAUCAACCAGGCCUGCGCCCCAUCCAGAAUGGCGCCGUCCAUAGAUCGUGCACCUCGGGCUAGAUACCGUCGAUUUACAUAUCUCGUCGAUUUACGUAUCUCUUCGUUCUCAGUUUGUAAGCUAUUGCUGUUUUUUUUUUUGUUAAUAAGUAGUGCUCUCUUUAAUAAUGAGAAUUUUUUUAGAGAAUGAAACCCCAGGAGUUCAUAAGUCACAUUUGCUCGACCAUCCCUUAUGCUGGUUGAGAUUUUCUUCGGCCCGCCGGAAGUAAACUAGUGCGAAUUCCGCUUUAAGCUCCCUUGUAUCCACCAAAGCUUUACACCAUCACUUUGUCUGAGUUUGCUGACGAUAAGAUGUAAACACAAGUGGCGCUUACUUAUUUUGACAAGAAACAUUUUAUAUGGCAUAACUAGACAAGCACGCAUAUUUCCGGUCAGUGAAGCCACUUCCGGUUCACCUGUCUAUUCUUAGGCGAAGCACUUAAGCGUGUGAUCAUGAUACAGCCCAUAAUAUUUCUAUGCUUUGCAAAUGACCAAGCUUGUGAGUGAUUUUCGUAAAACGAAUCAAAGAGAAACUGUACAUAACAAACAAUAAAGCCUAUUGAUCAGUCA